UAACUGAUGUGAAACUAUGAUGCAAACGAGGCCAUAGAGCUGAGGAAUGGCUCUGCAGUCUAUGCAAAACAAAAGAAAGAAAAUAGGAAAGUCUCUCUCUCACUCUUAUUUUUAUCUGAUUUCUGACUCAAACAUUUACUUCAUGUAGAGGAAAGAGAUUCAAUUAAUGAGUUGUAGAAUCCCAAAGAUUAAAAAAACCUGAGAGAAAAGAAAAGGCAAGAGCUGAUAGAUUGGUAAAGAAAAUAACUUCACUUGUCCCAUAAGCAACACCCUUGCCUAUGUUGUAGGCACUACUAGGCCUAAACCCCUCUAAAACCCACAAAGCUUCUUUAAAUCUCCGUAUCCUUCUUCUUCCUCUUUACCUCUUCAGGCCUUUAUAAAGCCAUCAUCACCAUCAUAAGUCAUCUUCAUCAUGAGAAUGGGAGAAAUAAGAAAGUGGUAUGUGGCUAUAAUGGCGAUGGUACAAAUAGUGAGCUGGGUGUGUGCAACAAGCAGGCCUAUUGCUUCCACUCAAGUUUCUUUUCAUCCAGAGAUAAUAAGCCCACAGGCGGCAGAACACAACUCUAGGAGGCCUAUAUUGACGCCCAAUGAGAACACAGAGGUAAAAGAGAUGGAGAAAGGGAGGAUAAUAGGAUCAAAGCCACCAACUUGUGAGAAGAAAUGCUAUGGAUGUGAACCAUGUGAAGCAAUCCAAGUCCCUACCAUUUCUUCACCUCCUCACAUAUCUACUCAAUAUACUAAUUACCAACCUGAGGGCUGGAGAUGCCAUUGUGCUCCUUAAUUUAGACUUGCUUAACAACUUGACAUAUAUUAUAUAUUCACAUGUCUAUCUUGUAAAUUAUAUUUAUUAUCAUCAGCAUUGUGGACCUUUGGUAACUAUGUCUAGCUAUUCAUAUUUAAAGUGUGAAAGUUAUAUAAAAUGAGAAACAUUAAUCAACU